GAGAGACCCUCUCUGUGGUGCUGUGAUAUGAUGUGUGGGGGAGGCUUGCUAGCAGCCGGGGUUUCAGCACCGGGGUUUCAGCACCGGGGUUUCAGCCAGCGCAGAGCAGUCGGAGGAACAUGGCGGCAGCACAGUCAGCUGAAAGGAUAGCUUUUCCUCCCAACCGAAGGUCAGACUGGGUUUAACACACGAGAUUUAACAGAGCAAGAGCGACGGAAAGUUUCAAAUCGUAGAAGAGGUGGAUGAAGGGUUGCCCUCCCAGCAGCCAUGAUGCCCUGAAGAGCUGACUGGAGUCUGGACGCUGAUAUGCAGUGAGGAUGAGUGGCAUCGGUGAAAACCCCCUUGACCCUGCUGCCAGGGCCGAGUCGAGGAAACGCAAAGAAUGUUCCUCUGACUUGCUGGGUCCCAGCCCCAAACGAAGCAAUGAGAGGCGAAACCGUGAGCAUGAGAACCGCUACAUGGAGGAGCUGGCCGAGCUGAUCUUCGCCAACCUAAACGACAUCGAUAACUUCAACGUCAAACCGGACAAAUGUGCCGUCCUCAAGGAGACUGUCAAACAGAUACGACGGAUCAAAGAGCAAGAGAAAGCAGCCGCGGCCAAUGAGGAGGUACAGAAGGCGGACGUGUCGUCGACGGGCCAAAGCAUCAUCGACAAGGAUGCUCUCGGACCAAUGAUGCUGGAGGCCCUGGAUGGGUUCUUCUUCGUGGUGAAUAUGGAGGGUAACAUAGUGUUUGUGUCUGAGAACGUGACCCAGUACCUGCUGUAUAACCAGGAGGAGCUGAUGAACACCAGCGUCUACAGUGUGCUGCACGUAGGAGACCACGCUGAGUUCAUCAAGAACCUGCUGCCCAAGAGCCUGGUGAACGGUGUGCCGUGGUCCAGUGAAGCUCCCAGGAGGAACAGUCACACGUUUAACUGUCGUAUGCUGGUCAACCCUCACAGUGACAACCAGGACAAGACCAACGACCAUGGGGGACAGAAACAGAAAUAUGAGACCAUGCAGUGUUUCGCUGUCUCCGAACCCAAGAGCAUCAAGGAGGAGGCAGAAGACUUCCAGUCAUGUCUGAUCUGUGUGGCACGCAGGAUGCCCAUGAAGGAGCGGCCCAUUCUGCCCACGCACGAGAGCUUCACCACCCGCCAGGACCUGCAAGGUAAGAUCACGUCGUUAGACACCAGUCAUCUGAGAGCCUCUAUGAAGCCUGGCUGGGAGGACCUGGUGAGGAGAAGCAUCCAGAGGUUUCACCUACAGAACGACGGAGAGAUGUCCUUCGCCAAGAGGCACCAGCAAGAGGUGUUGCGUCACGGCCAGGCAUUCAGCCCCAUCUAUAGGUUCUCUCUGUCAGACGGGACCAUCGUGUCGGCUCACACCAAGAGCAAGCUGGUCCGCUCCCCUGCCACCAACGAACCCCAACUCUACAUGUCUCUACAUCUGCUACAGAGAGAGCAGUCAGUGUGUGGUAUGGGACCGGGUCAGGACAUGGGGCCCGGUGGACAGGGCCAGCAGGUGACAGGGAUGGGCCCCAAACCCAUGACCCUCAACCCCUCCAUGACACCUCCAACCCCGGGGACAAUCUCUGGCCUGGUGCCCCAGGGACAGGACACCACGAUCAGCUCCAACAGCACGCCCUUCUCCCUUGCUCAUGGAGGUCCAGGGUCCAGAGAACCAGGGGUCGGGCCCGGGCCAGGACACAUGCAGGGCUACCGCUACGGCUGCCCUCCCCAGCCCAUGGGCUACCCCGGAGGGAUGCAGGGCGGCAUGGGCAUGAACCCCCCCAACCAUCCCCACCAGCAAGGGGUCAGCUGGAGGAUGAGCAGCCCGUCUCGAGGCAGCACCAGCCCAGCCGGAGGCCCCCAUCCGGGGCAACAGAAUUUAAUGCUGUCCCCUAGGCACCGGGCGAGUCCAGGGAUGGCAGGGAGCCCUCGCAUGGCCCCAUGCCUGCACUCGCCCUCCCCUGUGGGUAUGUGUGGGUCUGGAACAGGGGUUGGAGGUGGAGGUAGCGGUCCUGCGGCUAACAGUCUUGCUAACAGCCACAGCUACACCAGUAAUUCUCUGUCGGCCCUGCAGGCCCUGAGUGAGUGUCACGGGGUUGGACACGGCGGUGGAGGGCACACACACCUUCACGGCGCUGGGGGGCAUUUGCACACACACACCCUGGGGUCACCGGACAGGAAGAUGAUGGGGUCGCCAGCCGGGGUCACGAUGGGGGCAGGGGUCAACCCUCACAUGAUUUCGAAACUUGGCGGUGGUGGUAACAUGGAUCCUCACGGAGAGCAGGCUCAGGGUGGACAGUGCGACCAGAGACAGAUGGACAGACAGACGGACGGGAAUGGUAGCAGCGGUAACCACGGUGACAUCAAAGAGGAGAGGGACAGCUCCAACGACGGCCCCGACGCGCAGAGCCGUGGUCUCCACGACAACAAGGGCCACACCAAACUCCUCCAGCUCCUCACCACCAAGUCUGAACCCCUCGACACACCCUCGUCUCCCAGUGGAGGAGGAGACCUCAACGACCCUCAUGGUCCAGGAGGCCAUGCCACAUCCCUAAAGGAGAAACACAAAAUACUCCACAGGCUGCUCCAGAACAGCACCUCUCCUGUCGACCUGGCCAAGCUCACCGCUGAGGCCACGGGCAAGGAGCUGGGAGAGCAGGGGGGUAACAUCAACACCCAGGGGGGUACAGAUGGGAACCUCACCCCCAAACAGGAGCCCCUCAGCCCCAAGAAGAAGGACAACGCCCUGCUGAGAUAUCUGCUGGAUAGAGAGGAGAGGCAGACUAGGAUGGAGGGAGGAGAGGAGGUGAAGAUGGAGGAGGGGGUGAAGGAGAGGCAGGCUAGGAUGGAGAGAGGAGGAGGAGAGGAGGUGAAACACCCCCCCAAUGUGAAGACUGAGAAACAGGACACAGGAUACGAUCGCUCUGAGCAGUCGUCAGAGCUGGAUGACAUCCUAGAUGAGCUGCAGUGUGUCCAGCCCCAGCUGUUCUGUGAGCCACGGCCCGUCUCCCUACCCUCCUCCCUGGACAAACAGAACAUCAUCAAUGACAUACUGCACAUCACCCAGGGAACCAGCCCUGGCAACCCCAACGCCAUGGCAACACAGCAGCAGCAGAGGGGUAUGCAGCCAGGCAACUAUGGUGGUCCCAGGGGGCAAGAGGGCCAGGGGCCAGCUAGGGGUCUCCCGGUGAGGAGUGUAUCCCUGGACAUGAACAUGUCAGGGGUCCCCCAGGGCCAGUAUUCCCCCAUGAGGACCCCAAGCCCCUACACACUCCUCCAGCAGCAGCAGCAGCAGCAAGGAAUUCUGGGAAACCACACCGCCAUGAUGUCCAACCAGGCCAACCUCUCAGGUCAGAUGGAUGGUCCUCGGCAGGGCAUGCAGCAGCAGGACGGGGGUUGGGGUCCUGGGGGCCCGGGUCAGAGCGGGUCAGCCUCGGUCCGUCCUCCAGGGGUCCCAGGUCAGCAGGGGACGAUGCACGGCCGUAUGGGGCCCAACCCCGGAGGCCUCGUGAGACCCAACAGUCAGCCAGGUCCUGGACCCAGACAGAUGCUGCAGUCUCAGAUGAUGGCCAAUGACAUGGGUGCCCACCUGUCGUCCCAGCAACAGGCUCCACCCAAUCAGACGGCUCCGUGGCCAGACAGCAUGAUGCCCGUUGAGCAGACCCCCUUCAACCAGAACAGUUCCAUGUCACUGUAUUCAGGACAGGAGGAGGUGUUGUGUGGGGGUCCGGGGCCUGGUGGUCCUAGUGAUGAAGGGGCCCUGAUGUCCCAGCUCUACACCGUGCUGAAGGACUCUGAUGGCCUGGAGGAGAUAGACAGAGCUCUGGGGAUACAUAAUCUGAUGGGACAGGGUCAGUCAGUAGAUCAGGACCAGUUCAUUUCAGACCCGUCCAUGUUGCUGGACCAGAAGCCUCCAGUGUAUGGCCAGCAGCACCAGCAGUACCCCCCACCUGGCUCCCAUCUAGCCCAGAGAGGGUACCACGGCCCUGGGCCCAGCGGACCCAUGCAGGACCCCACAGGUCAAGGUUUCCACCCAAUGGCUGGCCAGAUGGGCCCCAGACCAGGAUACCCCAUCAUAAGGAUGCAGCAACGACCGGGGCUGAGGCCCCAAGGGGUGGUUCCUAACCAGCCUAAUACACUGAGGUUACAGCUGCAGCACCGGCUACAGAACCGCCAGCCAAUGAUGAACCAGAUGAGUGGAGUGUCCAAUAUGAACCUACCUCUACAGUCCAACAACCCCAACCAGGGGACCAUCAAUGCUCAGAUGCUGGCGCAACGCCAGAGAGAACUCCUCAGCAACCACCUGCGGCAGCGUCAGCUGGAGCACCAGAGACAACAACAACAACAACAACAACAACAACAGAUCGCGGCGCAGCAGCAGAGGAACAUGGUGAUGAGAGCCCAGGGACUCAACCUACCUCCCAAUAUGGCCGCCGCUGCUGCAAGUGGCCUAUCAGGAGGCCUGAGUAACCCCCGGAUCCCCCAGACCACCAACCCCCAGCAGUCCCCCUACCCGCCCAGCUACGGUACCAGUACAGGCCCAGGCCUGGCCUCACCCACUCCUCCUCCUCACCCCUCUACCAGCCCCUUCUCCUCCCCCCUCCUCUCGCCCAGCCUGCCCUCCUCUCUCCCCCCCCACCACGCCCUGCAUGGCUCUACCUCCUCCCAGAUGAUGAUGAUGUGGGCGACGGGGGGAUCAGGACAGGUUGGGGCCGUAGUCGGCCCUCAUGUACAGCAGCUCAGUGCCUUUCAGUUCUCAAUCUCAGGUAUGUCCCAGCAGCCUGAUGGAGGGUUUGGGGGUCAGGCCACGCCCCAGAGUCCCCUGCUGUCCCCCAGGAUGACCUACACCCAGUCUCCCAUGAUGCAACAGCAGGGCCAGGGCAACACCACCUUCCAGGCCUCGCCUGACAUGAAUGGCUGGCCGCCCCAGGGCAACGUGGGAGGAAACAACAGUAUGUUCAGUACUCAGCAGUCUCCGCCUCAGUUCGCCCAGCAGCAGCAGACCAAUGGGGGCGCAGCCAUGUACAACGGCAACGGAAUGAACCUCAACGUCUCCAUGGCUACCAACGCCAGCGGCAUGGCCGCAGCGGGUCAGAUGGCCGGGCAGAUGAGCGUCACCUCACCUGGGAUGACCUCAAUGGGACAGGAACAGAAAUACUGCUGACCCUGGUGGAGCGUUCAGCCAACCAGGACCUUGAUGCUAACACCCAGGAUCCAAUGAGCUCGCUGGUUCAUCUUCAACCACCCAACCAAUCUAUCAACGGCCCCUUGAGUCACCCUGGCAGUGCCCUGACCCAGCUCUGCCCAGCCAAGCCUGACCUCUGACCUCACCCACCUGGCAUAAACUGUGCCUCAGAACUAUCCCUACUGGGGGGGGGCGGCUCACCCAGGACCUAGGGAUCAAGGGGGAAGUGGGGGAUGGAGGCAAGAUUUUACUUUUUUGAUGUGUCCCAAAUGGCACCCUAUUCCCUAUAUAGUGCGCUACUUGUGACUGGAGCCCAGGUCGAAAGUAGCGCGCCACACAGGGAAGAGGGAGGCAACCCUAAAACGCCUAACCCCUCCCUAAAGGAGAACCCGUGAGCCAGGCUGUCUCUGUCCAGCUGCAUUCGCCGUAGUGUGACUUACUGUAGGCCCAUUCCCCUCUAUUGUAGGUCCCUCCCCCUCUGGGUUGAUUGACUGUAGGCCCCUCCCAAUUUGCCUGGAGGCCCCAUGUUGGUCCGCCCCCUCUGGGUAGGCCCCUCCCCCUCUGGGUUGACUGACUGAGUACUGGUGGCAGCGGUGGGAUCCUCGUCAGAUGAAUGUAUUCCUCUCAGUGGACAGCGGCCAUUUUGCAAUCUCAUCUCAAACAAUUUACACUUUUUUUUAUUGUUUUCUUCUCUGCCCCUGAUCCCCCUCUUCUUCUGGUUCCUCUGAUGUUCUAGAACAUUCCUCAUGUUCUACGUUCCACGAUGGCAUCAAACUGACUCCAAGUUAAAUUUUGGAUUCUGGAGGACAUCGGAGGGAGCGGAGGACAUCGGAGGGAGCUGAGCAGCGAACUAAUUUCAGCCGUUUUUGCCUUUUUGCUGUUUGUUUUUGUUUACCUGAUGAUGAUGAUGAUGAUGACUACAGAUGUAGGAUGAAGACAGAUGGUUUUAAAAACACUGCAAAUGAAUGGUUUGACUUAAAUAAUGCUUUGUAUGAUUAUUAGACUAAUUUAGUCAAGAGGUUUAUAGUGUAUUAAAUUAAGUUUUAUUUUU